CUGCACAUAUCCUGUUUCUUACAGAUUCCUAAAUUAGAUCGGUGGAGGCAUGAGCUAGGCUCACUGAUAGCGUCAGGUGCCUUCGAUAGCAAUCGCAAUAUUCUGUUCCUGGCACAGCUGCUCAACGGCGACCAAAAGAAUUUGGAACGUGCCGCGGCUGUUGUUGUUACGGAAUGGUGGCAUCUGAUGCCUUUUUACACUUUUGUGAAGGAUCCUACUGCUGCAUACAACGAAUUGGGUCCCAUUGCUUUGGAGUGCCGGAACUUACUGAAGGAUGGUGAAGAUCGUGGAGAUGGAGAGUUUGAUCCUUUUCUUUCAAUUUUGUGCAUGAAGGAUGUCUCCGUGUUGCAGAAUUUGAUAUCUAAUCCCUGGCUGUCUGUCCAUCUUAUUGAGUUGUUAUUGCAUACGGACUCAGAGUACGCCAACCUGCCGGCGCUGGUCGAAAUCAGAGACUUUCUCCUAAUGGAGUACGGUUCCGGUCUGAUUCAAAAUAGUUGCUUGUGGGAGGUCGGUGCUGAUUACUUGUUGCACUGCGGUUCAGAAGGGAGACUGCGUUUGGAAAGCCACAUUGAAGCAAUGUACAUCCAAGACGAUGAGAUGGCUGAAAAUCUCAUGCGGAUUUGUAUAGAACAAGAGCUGGAUGACUCCAAAGCGUGCAUCGUAAAUACCAUGACUUACAGGUAUCUGCGUGAUGGAGAAUGGAGCGCAGCUUUGUCUUGGGCAUUGCGAGGAGGAAGGGGUGCCGCGUUGGAUACUGCUGUGAACAGGAUAGUCUGGCAUGCUGAAAAGGACGAAAUCGCCUCGUUGAGGCAUCUGCUUGUUUCGAUGAUUACUUCACCGAAUGUGCCGCAAAAAUUCCACAAGGUUCUCUUUGGAUAUCUCAUGUUAAUACUCGCCGACACUCCACAGGGUUAG